CUGUGCUAGUUGCCAUAGCGACCAUUUUACGUUAACCGGUUUGCAGUUUUCGUCCAGGUGUAGGAAAUACUGCGGGCAAUUCUUCCCCCGGUCCCGGGAAGCCCCCUAUACUGUCUUGGCUUUCUGCGGCCCAAAGGCCUUAGCAAGCUCGGGAGCUCUGGCCUAGGGCUUUCCUUCGCCCCGCGGGGCUGGGAUGGCGGCGGAAGAAGAGGAGGAGGUGGAGUGGGUGGUGGAGAGCAUCGCGGGGUUCUUGCGAGGCCCGGACUGGUCCAUCCCCAUCUUGGACUUUGUGGAGCAGAAAUGUGAAGUUUUUGAUGAUGAAGAAGAAAGUAAAUUGACCUAUACAGAGAUUCAUCAGGAAUAUAAAGAACUGGUUGAGAAGCUGUUAGAAAGUUACCUCAAAGAGAUUGGAAUUAAUGAAGAUCAAUUUCAAGAGGCAUGUACUUCUCCUCUUGCAAAGACCCGUACAUCACAGGCCAUUUUGCAACCUGUGCUGGCAGCAGAAGAUUUUAGUAUCUUUAAAGCAAUGAUGGUACAGAAAAACAUUGAAAUGCAGCUGCAAGCCAUUCGAAUAAUUCAAGAGAGAAAUGGUGUGUUACCUGACUGUUUAACCGAUGGUUCUGAUGUAGUCAGUGACCUUGAACAGGAAGAGAUGAAAAUCCUGAGGGAAGUUCUUAGAAAAUCAAAAGAGGAAUAUGACCAGGAAGAAGAAAGGAAGAGAAAAAAACAGUUAGCAGAGGCUAAAACAGAAGGGCCCUCAGUACAUGCUAGUGAAGCUGCAAAAACGAAUAAUUCCCAAGGGGAUGGUGAACAUUUUGCACACCCACCCUCAGAAGUUAAAAUGCAGUUUGCUAAUCGGUCAGUACAACCCUUGACAAGAAAGCUGGAAAUGUUGCCUGAAACUUCCUCCUUCCCACAAAAAGGUCUGAAGAUACCUGGCUUAGCGCAUGCGAGCAUGGAAGGACCAAUAGCAAAUUUAUCAGCCCUUGGAACAGAAGAACUCCAGCAACGAGAACAGUAUCUCAAGCAGAAGAGAGAUAAGUUGAUGUCCAUGAGAAAGGAUUUAAGGACUAAGCAGAUGCAAAAUACUGAGCAAAAAGGAAAAGCAGCUGGGGAGGUAGAGGAAAUGACAGAGAAACAAGAAAUGACAGCAGAGGAGAAGCAAACAUUACUAAAGAGGAGAUUGCUUGCAGAGAAACUUAAAGAAGAAGUUAUUAACAAGUAAUUCUAAGAAACAAUUUAGCGAAGCACAGAAAUUCGAAUUUUCUUAAAAAUAAAUUAAUCCUUAAACCACG